GACGAGGAAGACGAAUUAUUCCGGUGAGCAAAUGAUUCACGCCUAACGCCGCCGGCUUAUCUCCGGCUUCUCCGCGCCUGCCAUUAUUAUUCUGACUGCGUCUUGCGUCGCUCCUUCCACUUGGAGGCCUUUUCGCCUUGCGGGCCCAGCCGACCCCUCCAAUCAGCAGCCGCGAUUGCUGACAUAUCCCGCGGGACUCAUCUUGACUCAUGAUGGCGCUGGCUGGGCAUUCCAGCGAUCCAUUCUUCUGCCUUCUUCCAUCCGCAAUCGCAAUUGUCAGCUUGCGCUCCACCCAGCAGCUCGGCUAUCUCCCCUCCGUCUUUUCCUGCCCGGCGAUUGGCUUUUUGAUGGACCCUGUGCUGGGCUGCUCCGCCGCGAGUCGUGAGAGAUGCGGAUAUCUUACAAAUCCGCGCAAUCAAAUUUUGCCAAAAAGUCGCCCUCAACGCCUUAGUCAUCCCAUCGGGCCCCCGUUUAUAACUAACCAUGAUGCAACAACGUCCAUCCGGUUCGUCCUGGCCUGUUCCUUCUCAUCAUACAUAUUGUUGGGCGCGUCGCGGUUCCUCCUGUGUCCUUCCACUCCCUCCCCCCGAUCUCAUCCAGACCCUCUCCCCUCUCCCCCCUUCCAGGCGCUGUGCCGGAGCUCCUGGGGCGUCAUAGAUCGCUGUUGCUUAUCAUUACUGUAUAUAUUCUUCCCCCAUACAUACUCAACCAAGCACUUGCAGCAAUCCCUUGCGCUCUAGUCCCCUUCAUAGCCAUUGUUUUUUUCCCCUCUUCCCAUCCCUUUCGGCAUCGGUGUCGGUGUCCUCCCCCGACUCUCAAUCGCCUGGAUUGAGAAACCAUU